GCAUCUUCUUUAUUUAAACCCACACCCGGGAGCUGUGCUUCACAGUUCGUUAGUGGGCAGAGGAGAGAACGCGCAGGGAGAGAGGUACACGGGGAGAGAAGGAAUCCACUGGGAUAUUGAAAUAUACGGGGAGAGGUACAGAGAGAGAGACGAAGACGCCGAGAGACACGAGCAGAAGAGAGAGAGAGGAGGAGAAAGACGGGGAGAGAGGUAUUAACACAGGGAGAUCAAAAACACGUGGAGAUAAAUAUACACGGAGAGAGGGAGACGGGGAGAGAGACAUACAACCAAGAGAUAAUAGGAGUGGGGUAGUUGCGACUGCAUAGACCAGCGCACAUCAGGAGUGUACACAAAAUCAUCAUCAUCCGUAGCAGCAGCAAGAACAGUAGCAGUGGUAGCAUCACAUGCAGUAACGGCAAAAAUCAUCAUCAGCAGCAACAACAACAACGAGAGUAGCGAAAAAAUCAUCAACGGCAGCAGCAAGUGGAACGCGAGACUCGCAGAGACAAUCAAUCAAAGGCCACGCGGUUCAUCAUGUCUUCUCCGAUGAUCUCCCUCCAUCUCAUGCUGCUGCUGCUGCUGCUACUCGUCACGUCCAUCAGCUCGCAACAGCAGCAACAGCAGCAGCAGCAUCAACAGCAGCAGCAUCAACAGCAGCAGCACGACCUCGGCCACUCGCGCUUCGUGUGCACCGCCAUCCCCGCCGACGUGGACGCGGCGUGCCCGCUGCCCGCUCUGUCGGGGCUCUCCUCGGGCGCGAGCGACGAGGCGCGCACGGGAGUCCUGGAGCUGCGCGAGACGGUGCUGCGCCAGAAGGAGACCAUCCUCGAGCAACGGGAGAGCAUCAGGGACCUCACCACCAAACUCCAGCGGUGCGAAGGCACGGACACGCUCGCCUCCUCCUCCUCCUCGUCGACCAAGCACCUGCACGCGCGCCUCCCCGGAGCGAAACAGGCGCCGGGCAAGUGGCGAGACACGAUGGGCGACCUGCCCAGGGAUCCCGGGGAGGUGAUCGAGCAGCUGGGCAGGACGGUGCAGUCGCUCAAGGACCGGCUGGAGAGUCUGGAGCAGAAGCACCGCGCUAACUCAUCGCGCCCGCAGGGCUCCACGGGCGGUGCCGCCGGCGGCGGCGGCGUUGGUGGUAGCGCCCACUCGCUGCGGGAGUACCUGCACGAGCGUCUGGGCGACGUGGGGAAACAUCUUCACGGCGAGGGAGGAGACGGGGAGGGCGGAGGUCAUCACAACGAUAGCGACGGGCACCCUCACCACCACCAGCAGCAGCAGCAGAGGAUACGGCCAGAGUCCACUCUCACCUCCGUGCAUCGCCUGCCGAAUUUGGACAAAAUCGGGCCCCCCCCAAUCCACCACGCGCCCGACGACUUCAAGGUGAUGUUCCCGGCGCGCACCAACUACAUGUUUGUGCGCGCCAAGCGCUCGCUGCCCGAGCUGCAUGCGUUCACCAUCUGCCUGUGGCUGCGAUCGGGAGGCCCCAGCUCUGGGACGCCCUUCUCCUACGCCGUGGACGAUCAGCCCAACGAGCUGGCGCUCAUGGAGUGGGGGAACAACCCCAUGGAGCUCAUCAUCAACGACAAGAUCGCGCGGCUGCCCGUCAGCGUGAGCGACGGCCGCUGGCACCACCUGUGCGUCACGUGGAGCACCCGCGACGGCGUCUGGAAGGCGUUCCAGAACGGCGCCUACCGCGGCACCGGCGAGAACCUCGCGCCCUGGAGGCCCAUCAAGGCCGGCGGCGUCCUCAUCCUGGGCCAGGAGCAGGACGUGGUGGGCGGCAACUUCGACGCGACCCAGGCGUUCCUGGGCGAGAUGGCGCAGUUCAACGUGUGGGACCGCGAGCUGCUACCAGACGAAAUCAUGGAGCUGGCCACGUGCUCGCGCUCCUUCUCGGGGAACGUCGUCGCCUGGACCGAGGACGCCAUCGACGUCCACGGAGGCCUCACCCAUCACCCGUUCGGCCGCUGCUCCUCCGUGCUCUCCAACUUCUGACCCUACGACGACGACCUUUGACAAUGGCCCAUUGGUGAUGACCCUUUGAUGAUGACCUUUGAUGAUGACCCUUGAUGAUGACCUUUGAUGAUGACCGUUGAUGACCUUUGAUGAAGACCCUUGAUCAUGAUGACCUUUGAUGAUGACCCUUCAUAAUGGCCAUUCAUGAUGACCCUUGAUAAUGACCUUUGAUGGAGACCCUUGAUAAUGACCUUUGAUGAUCACCUUUGAUGAUGACCUUUGAUAAUAACCUUUGAUGAAGACCCUUGAUUAUGACCUUUGAUGAUGACCUUUGAUGAUGACCGUUGAUGACCUUUGAUGAAGACCCUUGAUGAUGAUGACCUUUGAUGACCUUUGAUGAUGACCAUUCAUAAUGACAUUGAUGAUGAUCUUUGAUAAUGACCCUUCACAUUGACCCUCGAUGAUGACCUUUGAUGAUGAUCAGCUCUGCUAAUAACCUUUGAUAAUGACCCCCAAUGAUGACCUUUGGAAAUGACCUUUGAUGAUGACCCUUGAUGACGACCAAUCAGAAUCGUCAUUUAGACUGCAGGAGGAAUCCGAUGAGAUGCGAAGCUCUUUUUCACAGAUGUCCAGUAGGAGAAUGACCUGUUGGUGAUGACCUUUGACCCUUUGACGUUGACAAUCGACGUUCACGGAGGCCCCCGGCCCGCGCGGACGCUGCUCCGCAAGGCUGUCCGAUUCCGACCUACGAUGCUGACCCUUAAUGCUGACCUUUCACGAUGACCUUUGAUGACCUUUUGACGAGCACCUCUGGAGCUGACGUUCGAUGGCCUCCGCUGCUGACCUCUGAUGCCCACCUCCAAAGCUGACCUUUGGCACUUUUCCUCUCGAUAACGCCCUCCGAUACCGACAAUGAACGAUAACCGGUAGAGCUGACCCUUGCAGGUGACCAUUGACAACUUCGAUCGUGACCCACCACAAUAGGGCGCUGACCUCCUCAGCUCGACGCUGAGCCCACGCGACCUUAACAUCGAGCCCUCGCCGUCGUCCCGACCUCCGCCCCCGGACUUGAACCCCGUGAGCCUGACCAUGCCCACCACUGCACACGCCAUAAUUUUGACACCGACGUCAGCCUCAACUUUGACAUUUACCCCCUCCCCCCUAUUUGACCGUGACCUUGACCUCGACAUUUCCCCCCCCCCCCCCCACACACCCUCAACCCGCCCACAUUUUUUCACACUGAACUCGACCAAACCCUGACCCUGACCCUGACCUGACCUUGCCACAGAACCCACCACCGACACCCCCCCCCCACACAACCCCUACGCCGGCAUCGGUUACAACCCCGACUCGCAAACCCUGACCCCCCCCAACCUCGACGUCACCCUCGACCUCGACUCCCACCGCAACAACUCCUCCUCACCGACCGGGGCGGUGACGACGGCGGUAAAGGUCACGCCGCCGUCGGGUUCGCCCGCCCCGCCGAGGGAAGUGUCGCCCUCGGCUCACGACCACCCGGGCGCAGGGAGGCUCCCUCGCUACGCUGGGACGUCACGUGCCCCAGGAGUCUCGGACAACGAUCGCCCGCUCGAUCGCGGUUAGGGCAAACACCGGCAGCGUGUGUGUGCGUGUACGUACGGUUGAGCUUCGUUCGCACCGCACGUAGCCAACGGCGCCGAUCGGAGGUAGCGGUGGUAGAGGAUGACGCGCAAGUGUCCCUUACCGACUUGGGGUCAGCGGGCCACUUGCUCCGCUGCCACUGCCGCCGCUGCCUCUGGCGCCUGAUGGCGCCGCCGAGUGUAUGUUAGUCUCGCACGCCGCGCGUCGUCGUCGUCGUCGUCGUCUUUUGCAACGUUCCACCAAGGUCCGGCACCGUUGAUGUUGGAUGAGAGAGAUGUUUGGGAGGGGGGGGGGCGGGGGUUGGUAGGUGCCGGGCGCGGGGGAACUUCUCAAACGACGCGACGACCAUUCAGGCCGCUCGCUUGCAAGCGACAGAUUUAUUUUAUUUAUUUUGUUUUUACCGUUGCUGGCGUCGACCGCCCCGCAAGGGGACAACCCCCCGGGCAGCCCCAGCGGCAUUCGUUUAAGGGAGCUCAUCAGCCCUGCUGAUGAGACUCGGUCGGAGUGCUCAUACCCUAGCCUCGGUUUAUAUUUACAGAGCGCGCGCGCGCCUUGAGCUCAAGGCGCGCGCUCUCUCUGUAACGUAGUUGCACAACAAAAAAGGUGAACAAAAGAAUCGAGUGAUCGGGAUGCAAGGGCCGAGUGAAUGAGUGGCCGUAACAGAGGGCGCACGAUAGGGCUAUAGGGGAGGGACGGGAAGGAGCGGAGGGGUGAGGGGCGAGGGAAGAUGGCCAUGGGCGACGGAGAAGAGGCGACAGGGGCCGACUCACCGACUCGCCGACUCACCGACUCACCGACUCACCGACUCACCGACACACUGACACACCGACACACUGACACACCGACACACCGACUCACCGACACACUGUUCCACCGCUUUGUCUCCCAAUUAAACAAAUGCCGCUGGUACCAACGCCGAGGUUGCAGAGAUGCCACGGGGUCGACCGCGGGGCACCGGGGGCGCUCUUGGAGCGACGAACAACGCGUGGUCGGACGAUUGUUUGUUUCAUUUCGGUCGGCGCGGCGUCCGACGUUUCGCCCCCUCCCCCGGCGCUGCUGCGGGGGGCAGUAAACGCGGAAGGGGGAAACGUCGGGCACUCGCCUGCCCAACGACACGGAGUGUGUCGUUGGGCACUCGCCUGCCCAACGACACGGAGUGUGUCGUUGGGCACUCGCCUGCCCAACGACACGGAGUGUGUCGCUGGGCACUCGCCUGCCCAACGACACGGAGUGUGUCGCUGGGCACUCGCCUGCCCAGCGACACGGAGUGUGUCGUUGGGCACACGGAGUGUGUCGUUGGGCACUCGCCUGCCCAACGACACGGAGUGUGUCGCUGGGCACUCGCCUGCCCAGCGACACGGAGUGUGUCGUUGGGCACACGGAGUGUGUCGUUGGGCACUCGCCUGCCCAACGACACGGAGUGUGUCGCUGGGCACUCGCCUGCCCAACGACACGGAGUGUGUCGUUGGGCACACGGAGUGUGUCGUUGGGCACUCGCCUGCCCAGCGACACGGAGUGUGUCGACGGUCCAUGGAGCGCACGCCGGCGGGGUGCGUUCGGAGCCACCGUACACGCGGGGAUUUAUCUAUUUAUUUAUCUAUUGAUUUAUCUAUCGAUUUAUCUAUUUAUUUAUCUAUUGAUUUAUCUAUUUAUUUAUCUAUUUAUGUAUCUAUUUAUCUGUU